CGGUAAACAAAAGCAUGUGACCGCGUGAGGCGUCGAUGUGCGUUCGCAGUUUGCUUAUAGUUUAGGUUUUUUCAGUUAUUUCGCACUAUACCUUGCAAGAAUGAUUAAAGCAAUCUUAAUAUUUAACCAAUAUGGAAAGAUCAGGUUGACAAAAUUCUACGAACAUUUCCAUGAAGAGGAGCAACAACACAUUAUACGCGAGGUUUUUCAACUUGUUUCCAGGCGAGCAGAUGACGUUUGCAGCUUCCUUGAAGGUGGAGAUCUCAUUAAAAAUUCUGACUACAAGAUUAUCUACCGUCGCUACGCUACUCUGUUCAUAGUAUUCUGCGCCGACUCCAGCGAGAGUGAGCUGGGCAUCUUGGACUUGAUUCAGGUCCUGGUAGAGCUUCUUGAUAAGGCCUUUGAAAAUGUCUGUGAGCUUGACCUCGUGUUUCACGUGGACCAGGUGCACUACAUCUUGAACGAGCUUGUGAUGGGAGGUAUGGUGGUAGACACCAACAUGACUGAACUCAUGACCCGUAUCACGGACCAGGCGACCAUUGAGAAGCAGGAAGGUGGUAUUGCGAAAAACACUGCCAAGGCCAUCACAGCUGUCAAGAACGUCAACCUGUCACGGCACAUCAAGGACAUAAAGCUUCCUGAUUUUGCAACUCUUGGUCAUGUAAAGCUUUAAGGGUCCCUGGCAUGUAGUGCAUAUGUCUCUCAUGCCAACAUUAUGCUAAUGCAUGUGCUUGUGUUUGCAUGCCAGUUUAGUGCCAAUAUUCUUACACCUUCCAGCUUCUGUAUUGGGAAAACUGUGUACUCGUAGAUAGCAUGGCUGGCUAUGGUGUGUGGUGUUAUUCUCGGUACUUACGACUGUUGGUCAUUGUAUAUGGUGAUGAAACUUGAUACUUUGGCAUGUUGCGUAAGUGUUGAAAUUUGUGAGAUUAUUUUGUCUAAUUACUUAACUGAGCACUCAGGCCUCCUAGCAGCGUUUUGUAGCUGCGUAGUUCCCACUGUAUUGAGCGCACAAACCCGGCAGCCAUGAACUUUGCCGAGAAACAUUGACCGCUACUUUGCCAUAACAUGCUUACUUUAUCAAAUGCGCCUCUUUAAUAACUACAAGAGCUGUGCCUUGGCUUCUUGCUCUUCUAAUGUAAAAAGAAACCGCUAAUACUCUCUGUUACCUUGUGAAAAGGGUGAGAUACUGUUGCAGCAUUCCCAGGUUGUCAAGAAUGCCAACCAAGAAUGCCAACCCAGAACUUGGAGCAAGACUGUUGAUAGAGGUAAUCAAAAGGCAGAUGAAUGUGCUGGCUCUGGGACGUUGGCUAGGCUGUAUAUCACGUUGCAGAGCAGUUUGUGCACUUCUGCAUCCCUGCACAGCACAGGGCUUGACUCACAGCUGUGAAAGGUUCAUCUUACAGAUGAUAUAUGUAUUCACGCCCUCAGUCCAUGUCGUCGCUACUCAUAGCCCUAUUUCUCUCUCCUUCCCUUAAUCCUGACAAAGAGUAGCAGGCUAGAAGAAUCAACCUCAGGUUGACCUUUCGGCUGUAGUUUUAAUAAACUUCUCUCUGUGUCCAAAAUCCCAGUAAUCGCAGCAGAACAUUGUUAACAAGUAGCGACCACAUCAGCUGAGAGCAGCAUGCCUCUUUGUAGUCAAGGCGGAGCUGUUGAGCAUAGGAAUCAGGAUAAGGGGCUAAGUUACACGUGGGAUGCAUUUAAUGUGAACUUCUGCACGAUAGUGGUUGUAUGUUUUUUCCAUGUGUGCUAAUAGUAAUAGGGCACCUUUAAUAGUAUGAGGUGAUGGCGGUAACCAACAGUUAUUGAUUACCACCAAAGCCUGCAAAUUGUGCCUUGGAGCGCUGAGUAAAGACAACUUCUUUCCAUUGCCUGGCUUACUCGCCUGCCAGGUUUGCCCCGAGGGCUGUCAUGUGGCCAGCAACUAAGAGAGGCUUAGACAGGGUAUGACCUCCAAGAUUGGCACUCACCAGUUGAAUAACUUGAUUAUGUUCAGUCUCGCGAAGUGUCACUGCAGCCGUGGCAGAUUUUAGGUAGAACGUCACGAUGUGCUUUCUUACCCCUGGACUUUAUUGCGGGCAAGGGAGGGCAUCGACGUACCCGGCCUAUUUGCGGCUUGAGAGCACACACACAAAACUCAGAGACAAUGUUGCAUGUAAGCUCUCUCCAUUGUCUACUGUGUUGUGGUAGCAUGUGCAACAGUAUCUUAUGAGUGUGCAUAGCAGGCAAUAGAAAGUGACCAUGUGCUGCCUGGAUGUUAACUUCAUGACACUAACCUAGAAGCUAGAAAUUGAAAAGGAUUUGUUUCAGUACAUUUGCUCAUGUUGGCCAAGGACAGAAGCCCACCUUGGUGGCUAUGUCGUUUCGCUGCUAAGCAGGAGUUUGUGGGUCAAAUCUUGGCCGCUGCGACCGCAUAUCGAUGGGGGUGAAAUACAAAAACGCCCGUCUACCGUGCAUUGGGUGCACUUUAAAGAACCCCAGGUGGUGAAAAUUAACACGGAGUCCCCCACUAUUGUGUGCCACAUAAUCAGAUCGUGGUUUUGGCAUGUAGAACCCCAGAACGUAAUUUAUCUUUAAAGACAUUAAAACAAGUGAUCAACUGGAGAACAGACCAAACUGAGUGCUGUUCAUUGCCGUUUGCUGUGGUGCUACAACAAUAUACGUUGAUCACUUCUGCAGGAGCAGUGCAUCAUUCAACUUGUAAUAGGCAUAGCUUAGAUUUAAGGGUCUGUGCACCAUCAUGUGUUCCUUCCCUGCUAAAGAGCCCUUUUUAUGAACAAGCUGUGAAAGCGUAAUGCAACCAGGUAUCUUAAGUGUUGGAAGCUCUAGUGUACAACUUGCUUUGUGAAAAAACUGGCACAAUGUUCAUUUUUCAUCAAGUUACACACAAGCCUUAUUUAGAGCAUGUAUACAUAUUGAAAUAGUUUUGCUACCUCAUCACAGUGUCAAAAGGUCGCUGAGUCAGGUGUACAUUUUUAAGACUACAUGCUGCUCUAACUCCGGUUCCAUCUAUUACUCAUGUUGUGCUUCAUGACAUAGGGAGCAAUGGACUUUUAACCCUUUCAUGCCAGGUUUUUUUCUCAGAUAUAAAACGAACACAAUGGUCUACUUUCAUUUAUUCAGAUAGGAAAAAAUGACACAAAUAAUGGCAAAUGCACUCUUAGUAUGGUCCUCAAAUUUCUAGCUUUGUUUUCUACAUUCUACUUAGAUUCAUUCUAAUGCACACGCCUUUGCAUAACGCCGCCGUGCCAGGGUAAAAAAAAAAAAGAAAAAAAAUAACUGCUGUAAUACGUAUGACACAUGGCAGAAGCACGCAAGAGUGGUCCUUGCGCUACAGCACAAAUAUUCUAACUGAAGAUUGCCGCACUAGCGGUGCACGAAGUCCAGGAGCCACCCUGCCGAUAGCAACCACGCCCACGAAGGGACACAAUUCCACAGUGCACUAACAAUAACCUAGGCUGAGCAACCCCCCCCCCCCCCCCCCAAAAAAAAAAGGAAAAGUAGCUUCUAGAAAUGUACAACAGAUGGCAGAACUACCUCGGAGCUCGUCAGUUUCAUGUUCCGGCGCACAUUAGACUGGAGAGAGUGGAGAAUGUACCAGUACGUCAGUGGCACUGAAAGGGUCAAGGCCGAAGUGAUUUUGGGACAUUGGAACUUUCAUUUUAACUUUGCAAUGUUUGUAAUGAUGGUAUAUUAUAGCUCGCAUGUCUUGUUUGUUUUCUUUUUCAUACAUGUCAUAACAAGUUCUAUGAAGAUGAGAUUAUUUCUUGAGAAGUUGUUUGUGGAAGACUGCAUACUCAUCUUGUAGCUGGUUGGCAUGUUAUUGAAGUGUGAAUUAGCAACACAUUGAGGUAGACAGACACAACAGCAUCUAACGGCUACUCCUGUCAAAAUCAUGUCUUGACAGCAACACAAGGGAGGAAUGAAGAAAAAAAAAAGUCUUGCCACUGCUGUAAGAGAGGCGUCACAAAGUUGAUGAAUGAUAAACUUCAUUGCAAAGCAAGGCAACAGAGCCAAUCAUCACCAUCUAAAUGUGAAAAGCUUAGCAAAGCUUGAAAAUGCGCAACUAGGAUAUUGGCUUACAAUCGUAGACUUUUGAUGGGAUUGCAGCCACAUUUCUUUGGGCAGCCUAUUCCUAUAUUUUCACUGCUAUUUUAUGUCUUUGUGUUGUAGGGAGACAUAUACUUGGCUUUAUAACCAAACACAGCCCAAAUUUUACGGGAAAAAUUGUAGACUUUUUUUUUUCACAAUAUGUCUGUCUUGCCAUAUCAGCCCCUUGUUAUGAUGGUGUUAAACAAGUUUUGAUGGGCUGAAUUAUAAUUGAUGUGUCCUUCAACAAUGACCCAUACUGUACACUCUGAUAUUACUGUCAUGCCAUGCAAUAUCCGUGGGUGCAAUAUUGUUAUAGUUUUUGCAGCUACUUUUUAUUCAGCUGCAACGUGUUCUCGGAGUAUUUUUGAGAUUGUCCUUUUGUGAAGUUUACUAGGGAUGUUCGAAAAGCGAAAAUUUCAACAUCAAAUUUGACAAAAAGCCACCUUCGAAUAUCAAAUCGAAUACCUGAUAUUUCUCAUUACUAAACAAAGUGAGAUAGAAAGUUUGUGGGAGUUCAUUUAGUAAAAAAUCUUUGAUACAUGCAAUGCCAUUCCGAACUCGGCAUCUGUUUAACUGAAAGGCCUUUAAAGGAGAAACAGCUGAAUGGUGAUCGUAUUUGGUGCAACAUCAAACUGACAGUAAUGAAACACAGGAACAGCACAUCGCCAGAUGUAUGUAGAGUGCUUGACAAGCGUUGGAGUCCGACCUUGUUGGUGAGGCACACAUAGGAUUGCUUGAGCACUGUGACAGACAGGGACAAACAAACAGGCACACACACACAGCACUUGUAUGUGUCCACUUGCUUGUCCCUGUCUGUCACUGCGCUUAAACAAUCCUAUGUAGUGUGCUGUGUUCAUUGAAGGAUACCACAGGACCGCAAAUAAUUUUUAAAAAAUGCAAACUUGGUGAGAUUUUACAAACAGAAUUGCUUUACAGAAAUGGAAAACACUAAAUUUGUAAGCUGCGUAAGGGUGAGGUACUCCUAUUAAAUGACUGAAAAUUAUUGAGCAGACGAUAGCUAGUCCAUGCAUUUGCUCAGAAACUUGUGUCUCCCCACAGCAACCGUAGCCUACCUCCAGUAGAACCAUUCGGAACCCUUGCAUCUUUCGUGUGUUAUUAUCCUUUGUAUUCAAACAGCAAUGAAUAUUUGAUGACGUUGAAUAGAGCAUUGUUGGAUUGAAUACGACUCAAAUAGCAGCAAAUUUUCUCUUCCAAUAAGAAAUUUUGAAUAUUCGAACAGCCCUAGAAUUUACGUGCCCUACUCGCCUGUAUGAGUCAUCGUAAGUGUGCACGUAGAGUUCUCCAAUCUGUUUGAAACCAACAUGUCAGCGACAGUAUUGUCUGCCCUGCCAGGUGAUGACCAUUGUCGCUAUCAGCAAGUGCACAAAUGUACACAACAAAAACGCUGGUGCGCGGCUAUCUUAGGAAAAAACAUUAAUUUUGGCAUUUGCAUGGGGUGGUUUGUUGUUGAGGCAUGUCUGCAGUGAUGCAGCAUCGAGAUAACUUUGUGAGUGCUGCACCAUCCGUAAGUGUAUGCGUUCUGGGAUCAAGCCACCACAUGCACUUUCUGUUAUUAUUAUUAUUAUUAUUAUUAUUAUUAUUAUUAUUUGAAGUGCAAACAAAUGGACGACUGGCAACUGGGCCUCUGGAAGGGGCACAACACCCAUCUGCAUCGGAGGGGAGAGGACAUAAGAGCACACAGAAAGAAAGACAGAGGUAAUACAAAAUAUAAAAGGAAGGAAAGAAGAGAGGAAUAUGCUGAUAACUGCUAGAGGCUCUCAAAAAGCACUGAUUGGGCCAGUCUAAAAACAAAUUAAAAAAAAAAAAAACUUACUCUCAUAAUGCCAUAUUUGCACGAACAUAACCUGAGUUUUUUCCCCAUAAUUUUCACAUUCAAAAUCCACCGCACACUAUAUUCGGGUUCCUGACCCAAAUAUAUAGCGCGUCAUUGCCUAGCAGAAUUGCUGCUCAACUGGCCGCUCAAGGCACUUUGCGUGGAUUCGCGGGCUUCUUUCACGCCUGGAAAAGCACAUUCAUGUAGCACGUAUUGCGCAACAGAAAGCUGUAUCGGGAGUUUUUCAUGUUGCUCUGUAACUUUCUCAUUGACACUUUGAUAAUUAAGACAGUAAUUCUCGAGUUAAAUAAUUCCAAUUACCUAAUUAAAUCUCAGUAACGAAAAAAUUACUGGCGGCUACUCCACUGUAAUGGAAACAAUACACUUUAUGUUUGCUUCGCGUAACGCCGUUCCUCUUUCUUUAAAUAGUGCUGCAUGAUAGCUGGGACACCCUGUAUACAUUAAGCGUGUGUGUUAAGCCCAUAUACAGUAACAAAAAGAUACAAUACUUUGCAGUUGGGCCCUGUGAGGUAAAAUGCUAAGGUUGUUGGUGUCGCAUUAUGCCAGACCACAAGCCUAGGGCAAUAGUAUCUUAAGCACUGCCAUUGUACUUUAUUCACCCCACAUAGCCUACCCACCGUGUACAUAAUUUUUGCAUUCCAAGAAUGUUUCACAAGAAAACCAUAAUAUCAACUAGCAGUGAAAUUAUGUGUGCACCGGUGAGAGAAAUUCUAAUGAUAAGUGGGGAUGUUUGCCAAACAAAGGUUUGGCACACUACUACAGGUUUAAUAUAUAUAGCAAGAGAUCAAAGGACGAGUUAAAGAAAAAGUCGGUUUCACCCAAAAGGUAAAGCAUUGAUUGCUAUAGCAAAUUAUUAGACAGCUAUACGAAGUAAGGUUAGUCGUUUUAUCAGCUGUAUGAACUGCUGUAAACGUUUGCUGAAUAACUGAAUUCCACCCCGAUGGUGGAAAUUUGCAUGGAGUGCGCAUGUAAAUGUUAUCGGAAAAAAAAAAGCAAGAAAAAACAUGCAUCAACUCGCACAACAACUCGGAAAGGAGCAAUACUGAGCACUACGAAAUGAACAAGGUGGAAAAUAGUGCUUCAUUUCUGUGGUGCAGCCAAAAGGACAGAAAUGGAUAAGAAUUUGUUUAUUGACGGUGUCAUAAAGGUCUAUUUUCCGCCUUGUUCAUUUCAUGGUGCUCAGUGCUGCCCCUUUCUGAGUUCUUGUGCGAGUGGAUGCGUGUGAAUUUUUGUGUUUCGUUAUUUCAUCCUUUGAUCUCUUGCUGUAUACUAAACCUGUAGUAGCAUGCCAAAUCUUUUGUUCGGCUAACCUUCCCACCUUCAACAAAGUUUCUCUUACUGGCGUGCACAUAUUUGCGCUGCUAGUUGAUAUUAUGGUUUUCUUGGAAAACAUUUUUGGAAUGUGCAAAUUAUGUACAUGGUGGGUGGGCUAUGUGGGGUGAAUAAUGUGCGAUGGCAGUGCGUGCUCAUGAUACUAUUGCCAUAGGCUUGUGGUCUGGCAUAAUGCAGCACUAACAUUCUGAGCAGUUUACCUCACAAGACCCAAAUGCAAUAUGUCAUAUAUUUUUGUUCACUACUGUACAUUAAGAAAGCUUGAAAGAACUCCGUGCACCUGUUCUCAGUGGGAGACAUGUCCAGCCUAACAUGGACACAACCUCACGGAAAACGUUGGGUUUUUGAAGUGUACGUUUGUGUACUUGCUGAUGGUACCAGUGGUUAUUUAGACAGCGCAGAUAAUGCCAGACAUGUGCUUGCAUGUUGCUUUUAACACGUCUUAGCUUUGUACAUACGGUGGCUUAAAGGGACACUAAAGGGAAAAUGAUUUCUUCUGUAUCAGUAGAUUACCCUUUCACAAUACCGAAAACACCACUCUAACCGCAAGAAGGUGAGUGGCGACGCCACCUUAGAGUUACCACACCAGCUCACCGUGACGUCAUUGAUUUGGACAGCGUCUUCUAGGUUCCAGUUAAUCCUUUAGCGGCAAUGAUUGACUGUAUUGUGUUCUAAAGGAGCCCAAGACUGAAUAUGGCAAGUUUCGCGAACUUUUACUGAGCCAGCGUGGCACAAAUAUGGAAAAUUACUUUUGAAGUUGUGAUGUCACACUGAAGUGCUGACGUUGGUGUUUCAAAAAAAGAAAAUUAACUUUGAGCUUCAUUUUCUCUUCUAAUAGUUGACCUAUUGCAGUGUAAUUAAUGACAGCAGAGUUUUUGAAGAAUACUUUACGAGUCUAAGUUGUUUUAUUGUUUUGCUUUAGUGUCCCUUUAAGCUGCAUCACUUCGUAGUAUUUUCACAUGUUGUUCAAGCAUGAUAUUGUCAUCCAAUUUGGCGUUGCCAUGUGCUCGACUUUUUGGUGUUGACAUGUAAAGAUCAAGCUGGUGUUGGUGCUCGAACAAAAGGACAGCAUACACUCAUAAAGAUUGUGCACCCUUUAGGGCGUAAUUUUAUCAUAGGCAACCAUUAUCAGUCGUGUGCAUUUUCUUGCUUUAGCACAAACAUGAAAGGUGCUCAUGACAGGAAGAUGCCAUGUUUGCUGUGCUAAAUGAGAGAGCAGCAUGCAUAAUUGAGGACAUUCUUUUUAAUGGAACUUCAAUAUAAUGAACACGGAUAUAACAAAUUAUUGAAUAUAAUGCAGUAAAUUAAAUUUCUUAUAAAAUGCUUAGGACGAAUAUAGAAGAUAACGAAGGUACUUUUGUUAGAUGCUACUUUGUUAUAAGGAGGUUCAGCUCUAUUGCAGAAUUCUGCCCUAAAUUGUCUGCAGUUAAAGAAUGCAUAUGAGCCCACACGAAGUUUGUGCUGUUGAUAUAGCUGAUGCUGAGUUAAGGUUUCAUCAGUUUGGUUGAGAAAGCAAGACACUGUGAGCACACAAGGUCUACAUAUAGGAGUGAUUGGUCAGCAGGCCACACAAUACAAAAUGAAGUGUGCAAAAAAAAUUAUUGUGUGCAACUGUACCACUGUUCUAUUACUUCUAUAUUUACCACCAUGACGCAUGUGGAGUGUUGCUAUGUUCCUAUGCCAAAGACCAUACUAAGUCACAAAAUACUGUGGUUCCUGUAUUGUCUACAUUUUAGUACCUGCUAAUAAUAAUUUUACUUAUU